AUGCACCUCCUCAACUCCGUUGUCCCACGUAAUAGGUCUUCUGUGGAGCCGCAGCAGUCGAUAUAUCCCUCCGACCUUCCCAAGGGUGCUGCCCGCGAUUAUGUAUCCCCAGUUGGAGAAUUACAGCCGCAGGCCUCCACGUUUGCCUCAGAAGCCCAUGUAAUCGUCGAUCCUGCACCAGUGGAUGGAUUACACCCCCAUCCAAAUGUUCCUAACCGCCCUCCCUUCGCUGACGUGCCCAUCUCCCCCACAUCCGAAUACCCUGACAUGUAUGGGCCACCCGUCCCAGAAUACCGAUAUGACGCCCGAGACGAUCCGAAUGCUUCCUUUUCAUUUGCUCCUAUGCAAGGUUUAUCAAAUGGAUAUGCCGAAUCUCUGGCACCCCAGUACGAUGCUCCUGAAGCCGGGGGCACGCAGGCGAUCUCACCGUCAGCGAUAUAUGAUAUGUAUGAUGAGGAUGAACCCGAAAGGCCGCCAUACGAAGAGAACCCAGAACCCAUCAGAGUAACCCCAGCUUUUCAAGAGUCGUUCACUGAUGUUUCCACUUUUAUGAGCGGAAAUUAUCCUUUAUUGCGUCGACCUUCGGAGUCUUCAUCCCUUUCAUAUCUCACCGAACAGAGACCAGAAUCCCAGAACUCACGAAUAACAACUUCUGACGCACCAACCUCAGAAUGGAAUCCCAUUGUGGAGGUUACAGUCAACCGCGCCAACACUGAAAGUACUUAUGAUUAUGCAUCGGAGGCUGAUGACUGGCAUCACGCUGGUCCCAGUAACCUUUCGAGACGAGUAACCAAUGAUUUACGCGCAAUUGUGAACUUUGAACAACGACUUCACCUGGAGUUGCAUGAAGAGGAGCCGGACGAUUGGUACGAGCAGGAGGAAGAUUUUAUAGACUUGUCUUUGUUGUCCAAUCUUGCUGUGCAGCUGCAGUUGAAGAUUACGCGAGGUACACACGUUAAAGGCAGCAUACCCUACCCUCGAGCAUUCACUGCUAAAGACAUCGUAUCGACUAUCCAAUCGAUAAUACAAAAAGAACUAUUACGCAGCCAUGGCGUUUCUGUUGGAGACCGAAGGGCAGCUCUACAAGUCUCCCGCAGUCUCCAAACGCAACUCUUCUUCUACGAAGUAGAAUGGGGUGGUCGAGUGCUUCAGGAUGGCGUAGAGGAUGUUUAUAUGUUCCUAGACGACCCAGAGGGAGCUACAGAUGGGGUGCCAGAGAGGGCAGAAUUGCCAUCAGGAGUGGUUACGAUGUUGACAAAGUGCUACUCUCCAAGUUGUGGUGAGGGUCCGGAAUGCUAUGCGUAUGGAUGCCCUCGAAAGGGUCUUGCCCAACUAAUUAGUUCGGUUGAUGUACCAACCUCCACAGUACGCGAAGACUGGUCGAAGAGUGUCCCCGCUGAGGUGAUGAAGUCUUUGCCAGAAAGCGAGAUCAAUCGUCAGACAAUUAUUCACAAAAUGAUCAGCAAGGAGGAACAGUAUUUGGAGGACCUGGACAUUGUAGAGUCCGUUUACAUCAAGCCCCUUCGUUACGCCGAUCCUCCUGUGAUGUCGUCGUACGUCCUUGAGGAGUUUAUUGAAGAAGUAUUUGGCAACAUUCUUGAACUGCGGGAAUGUAAUCGGCGGUUACUGGAGGUCAUGUAUGUUCGACAACGAGAACAGGCUCCAGUUAUUCAAAGGGUUGGAGAUAUCUUUCUGGAUGCGGCGACGGAGUUUAGGAUAGUAUAUCCUACCUAUGUUGGACAUCAUCCGCUUGCAGAGAAACGGUUGAAGGAGGAAGUGGAGCAGAAUCCCGAGUUUCGCCUUUUCAUGGAGAAAUGUUCGCGCAAACUAUCAACACAGUCCAGUGGCGCCCCUCGUUUGGAUCUGAAACACUACCUCAAUCGUCCCGCAGAGCAUCUACAAAAAUACCCUGUUUUAUUGGAUGCUGUAUACCACGAGACAGAAGUCGGGAAUCCUGAUGGUGAUUUUCUACGGGAAGCGAUCGCUGCCAUUAAGAACCUGCAUAAUGUUGCACAGCUGCGGACAUUCCAAUCUGCCAUGGGGAAGGGUGUCACCGGCAAGUGGGAAUGGCACGACCUUCUUUCAUCCGAUACGAGGAAGACUUUUACGAAGAGCGAAAGUCAACGCCAGUCACUAAUUUUUGAACUCAUAAAAGGAGAGAUGGCGUACGUUAGGGAUCUGGAAAACUUGGAAAACAUGUAUCUUCGGCCACUCAGAAACGCGGAACCUCCAAUCAUCCCAACUGACAGACUCGAUCAAUUCACUAUGGAUGUAUUGCACAACUUUAGUGAACUGCAUGCCCACCAUAGGCGAUUAGUCGACAACUUACACGAGAUUCAGCGAGAGGAACACCCCAGGAUACGAUCUAUCACUGCUGCCGUUUUUGAUGCAGCACUGAACUUCAGAGAAGCUUAUAUGGAAUAUAUACCCAACUACCCUAUUGCAGCAUACCGAAUCGAUGAUGAAAUGGCCAAUAACCCGGCAUUCAAAACGUUUGUUGAGCAUGCUAUAAGACAUCCUGAUGCUCAUCGGCUCGACAUAAAGGCUUUCAUCAAUCGACCGAUACCCCGGCUACUACGUUACGAACUUCUUCUCAAGCAGAUUCUAGGCGAGACAUCGGCGGGCAGUGAAGAUAGGAGUGCUAUUCCGCAGGUCAUCGAGGUGAUAAGUGCAUUAGCGAAGGAGACAGAGCCCGGCGUCGCCUCUGCUAAGCAGAAGGUGGAAUUAUGGAAGUACAAUUCAAAUCUGGUCUUCAAACCUGGCGAAAGUGUCGACAUGGACCUCCUCAACGAACAGCGAUCCUUGAUACAUACCGGAAAGUUGCUUCGACAACCUGACAGCGGUGUCGGAUGGGAGGGCUGGACAGAACUCUUCGUGUUACUCUUCGACAACUACAUGGUCAUGACCAAACCGAGGGAGAAGGACGGAGUCACAAAAUACCACGUCCAUCGAAGACCAAUACCCCUGGACUUACUUUCCAUCGUGAACUUCACUGAUCCCUCGACCCAACGUGGCUCAGGACUUUUGCGCACCCUUCGAACCGGGGACAGCGGAAGUAUUUCUAGUUCACGAGCUCCAGACAACAUCAGCGACUCUCGGGCCGUAUAUCCUUUCACAAUCCACUACAACGGACGAUUGGGUGGACCUUACAUUCUUUUUGCUGAGUCAGCUCAAGCUAGGUCAGAAUGGAAACCAAAGUUAGAGGAGGCACUCGGAUUACGCAAAGUGGUUCAAGAAUCGAACAAAGUCUUCGAAAUCGAAACUUUGAGCAUCGAAUCCUUCCUCGUUCCAUCCUUAAACAUGGGGCCGACCUCGUCAGCUUGGCAUGAUGGGACUCUGUUGUUCACCGGCAAAGUCACUUGUUCUGUGCCGUUUAGUACUCCAAACGGACGUGGACUGGUGGCGAUCGGGUGCGCAGAGGGCGUUUGGAUUGGAUUCCGUCAUGAUUCACGUUCCAUGCGUCGUGUACUUCACGUCAAGAUGGUUACACAAUGCGCUAUGCUAGAAGACUUUGGGUUGUUUUUAGUCCUAGCUGACAAGUCACUCUUUGCAUAUCACAUUGAAGCGCUCGUCCCCACUUCUACUUCGAGUAUCCAUGCCUCACAGGCGCCUCAAAAGAUCAACGGCUCCAAAGAAGUUCAAUUCUUCAGUGUUGGUACACUCCAUGGGCGUACUCUUGUCAUUUACAUGAAUAAGAAAGGGAAUGACAGUGUUUUUCACGUCGUCGAGCCUGUCAUCGACAAAAUCAAUGAAAGGCCGAAGGCUCCCGGUGGACUAUCUAUACUGGGGCGGAGGUCAAACAAGUCGGAAUGGUUCCGGAGCUACAGGGAAUUUGUUCUAUCUUCUGAGUCAUAUGACUUGAUCUUCCUCAAAGCCAAGAUUGCAGUUCUGUGCACAAAAGGGUUCGAAAUCAUGGAUCUCACCGAUUUCAAAAGUGUCACAAUACCGCAAAAAGAAGAUCCUCGAUACUCAUAUUUGACGAAGAGAUGUGACUCAUGUCGACCCCUUGGCAUGUUCCGACCUAAUGAUGAUGAGUUCCUUCUCUGUUAUAAUGAAUUUGGUAUAUUUGUGGACAAGCAAGGGCAUCCCAGCCGAACGGCAGGUCUCAUUGAAUGGGAGGGAACUGCCGAGCGAGUAGCGUUCCAUCCACCAUACAUCCUGCUGUUUGAUACGCGGUUCAUCGAAAUUCGACGUGUGGAGACGGGCCGUCUUUCGCAGAUCAUUCCAGGGAACGACGUGAGGUGUGUCUGGGACGGCCGAAGUAUGGACCUGAGUCUGGCGGCCUCACCGCCAGAAGGAUCGGACGAAAACAUGUCCCAAGAGCCGAGGGUUCAUGCGGUCAUGAAUGCCACAGAACCGACAGCAGUGCCCCAUGGCGGUGGUCGUCAACCAAGAGGAAUUGCUCAACAUGUGUUCGAGCUGAUUCCUACAAUUCCGUUGUACCUUCCUGGAUCCUUAGCAUCGCCCUCGACGACCUACUUCCCAAGAACGUUUUCACCUCCGCGCUCACCACAGCUACGCCCAACCAUGAGCUAUAGAUCAUAA